AUGUUCGUCAGUGGCCGUCUACAGCACGGUCUAAUCCGAAGCUUGGAAGCCCCCCUGAGGGAACUCGGCCGCGAUUCUUCCGGAGAAAAGCUCAGCCAUAUUGGUGUGCUCAACAAUCAGUGGCGAGGCAUCAUGCGGGUUGGUUCUUUGGGUGAAAAAAUCAAGAGCUACCGAAUCGAGCUGCAGUUCUUAAUCUGCGGACUCAUUACCACCUCGAUUGUGUCCUCCUUAACCCCGACGACGACAACAGUCAUUGUACCAUUUUCCCCCGAGAUACCAGAUGGAAAAGUUAUGCCUUACAUCUCAGCAGAGAAUCAUCCAUGUGUCGGAUUUUACCCAAACUCAACACGCGUGGAUUUCAAGCGGUACUUCUGGCCCUUUCCUAAUGGCACUACCAUCUAUUCGGAUAUAAGCAGCGCCUACUGCCCAUCAACCAAGGCCUUGAUUCUGGCCCCCCAAAUCAACACAGUGGAUCCCGAACACUACGCCUACAUAGAUGCUGGGACAGCUGUUGCCCCAACGGCCAUGGGGACACCAAUUUCUAUUCUCAACGGAACGGCGAUCAAGGCGGUUUCUAACAAGUACAGUGUUUCACUCAUCAAAACGGAACAAUGCGUUCCCGUCAUGAGGACUAAUCCAGUCCGGUGCGAAAAGGGCGGCAGCAUUACUGUCAAAACUCACAGCGAGUUUGUUCUAACGCUUGAAGAUGGCUCGCAAAGUGCGUCAAUAUCGGGGUAUUCCAGAAACUUCUCUAGAGACAGCGGCAUGGCUAGCGCGAGUUUCAGGAAUUAUAAAGCCCAGUUUGCUACAAAUAUUGUUAUAGGUGGAUAUACAGACCCUGCAGGAGACACCCCUUUUGCCUCGUACAUUGCACAGGCAGUCAACGACCCGGACGUUGAGGCCGGACUCGGUGGCAGUUCCACAUACGCCGUAACGUGUUCCGUAGAUCCAACCGACGUUUUCGAAUACAGGAUGGUAACACUGGACACACAAGCUAUUGGACAGGGCAAAGGAAAAGAAUUCAACGUGGCCUACUAUGUAUCAGGCGGAGAAAUCUGUACGCCAGUCUCGCCAAGUACUAGCACCGUCCGGCUCGCAACGGUUCUCACUGCGAGCGAUUACUUCCUUAAUGAGCGGCAAUCUCUUGAUGGUUACAUGCAGACCCUCCUUGGCCUAGCCGGCACCAAUCGCGGGCCACCGUAUGCGUUUAACAACAGCAGAAACGCGCUUGAGGACGUCCUGGGGGUCUCAGCGGCGAUGGCAGUGUCUCGAAUUCCCAUGAACGGUAGCGUGAGCGCCGACGCAUUCAGGGAGAAAGGGGGGCCGGCACGGGUUACUGUUAAGAUCACGCGGCUAGGGAGCGAUAACUCGGAGAUACUCCUGUUGCUCAUACCACCGGUAUUAAGCCUCAUCCUUCUCUUGUACCAGUUUUCGAUGAGCUUUACGCUAAAGCUCCAGCCUGGAGGGGGCAGAACGGGAGAGACGUUGCUUGGCGAACAGCACCCGCAGCAAUAUGCUGCCGAAAACCUGGAGGAGCUGUUGCGGUUGAUAAGCUGGAAGGCGCGUUCAAAGCAGGUAAAGAAUUCAGGGCAGUGGACGGACGCAUCUCUAGAGGAUGUUUCUUUGGAAGAGAUGGGAAGCAUGAUUCCACUCCGGAGACUGGGUUCUGAGAUUUAA